AAAAAAAAACACAGGUUUUGGAGUCCGACUGACAUGGGUUCAAAUUCUGGCUCCACCACCUAGUAGCCAAGCCAUGUCAACUAAUCACUCGCCCACAGAGGGGGUGAGGAUGUGUGCACUCAGGGCAGCAAGGCCCAGUCACAUACAAACAGUUUAUUAAUUUAUUCAUUCAUUUAUUGAUGGCUCUUCCUUGCUGAGAAUUUACCCCAUCUUUGGUAUUCAAACUAAAUACUGGAUUUUACAAUUAAUUAUUUUUUCAAAGGCCUCACUGAAGAAGUAUUUUACUUUCAUGGAAUUUAAGAGGCGAUCAUUUCCACCCUCUGCUGGCUAGAUUUCACACAUUCCCAAGCAGUGAGGAACAGGUGCAAACCUCAGAGUAAAUACAGCUGGAGUGAAUUGAAACUGCACAGCUAACUGGUCUUAUUAAAUUCACAUGAAAGACAGAUGUGGCUGGCACAUACCAGUCACCUAGUCACUGUCAUUUUCCUGCCCACAGGGCAUCGUUCUGUAAGAAGGGCUGAUAUAAGAGUGGAAUAGGAUCAAGACUGGGGGUGUUGGCUGGCACCCCAUCGACCCCAGUCCAGAUCGACAUCUAACAAAGCUCCAGGCCGUCUGUUUCCAUGAUCUCCUGCCAAGUAACAAACCUCCCCCAAACUUACUAAUUAAACCAACCACCAUUUUAUUUUCUGUCGUGCUCCUGUGUGUUGACGGGGCUCUGCUGGGAGUUCUGCGCACACAGCAUGUGUAGACACUUAGCUGGACUGAGACACGGGUUAGGCCAUAAGACGGUUAAGAUCUCUAAAAGGCAUCUACCCCCCUGUCUCCCUCCUGGCACAGCUGUGCGGGGACGUGUGGGUGCAGUGCGCGCUCACCCCACUAUUACGGGCCUCUGAACCUCUCUGUUCCCCUAGGUCCAUCAGGAGAAUCUGCUCUUCCAAGGGGAAAGCCUUUGUCCAGUGAGGUAGAAAGCAUCCCAUAGUCUACCCGGUCCUCUGGCUGCCCCUGACCCCCCAGUCCAGAAUGGGGACUGGGGAAGGCAGGGAGCUUCUAUACUCCCGGGGACAGGUUUCCUCCGGCUCCCUCUUCCAAGAAGGAGAAAUCCUGGAAGAGGCCGCCUCCACAGAAACCUGGGGGCGCCUGGGAGUGAGGGGGAAGAGGGCAGGGUGCGGGAAAGACCGAGGCUCGGCCUGGCGCUGAAACAUCCCAGAAAGCAGCUCUGGUGCAGGCCCUGUUGGAAGCAGUGCCCACCUCCCGCAUGAAUGUUGCAGGACAGUCUCCUCCCCCGCUCCCCUCCUCCAGCCGGCUCCGGGGCCCAGCACCCACCGACAGACGCCUGAAGAGCGUCCACCUGUACCCCUCCUGUGGCCCCGACCCAACUCAGAGGCAAAGGCAGGGCCCACAGAGGGUGUGACUAGUGUCCGUGUCGGGAGGGGACUGGGAGCCAGUGCCCCACGCGGCCUACCUCUUGCUCUUUGUCCUCUCGCAGCACAGCCAUGAAACGCAACGCCCAGCUCUGGUGCCCUGUCCAGAAGGGCACCUACGAGAUCACCCGGAAGACUCGGCGGCAGUGCCAGCCUGUCGCCUGCCGCCUGCGCAAGUUCCUAGAGAGCGGCUGCAGGAAAGACAUGAUCAUGUCUGACGUGACCGUGGAGCAGAAGCGGGCCUUGAUCAGGAGGAAGAGGAGAGAACAGAUUGGGACUCAGCCCCCUGGAGCCAAGGCUCUGACUGAAGAGCAGCAGAUGAUGAUCAGGGAGUUGAUAACCGCUCAGGUGAAAACCUCUGAUGGCAUCUUCACGCAUUUCAAGAAUUUCCGGCUCAGAGAACUGGUAGCCAGUGGUCUCCAAAAUUCGGAGUCUCUGCAGACUCAGUCAAAUGAAGAAGCUGCCAAGUGGUGCAAGAUCAGGGAAGAUCUACGUUCAGUGAAGGCCUCCCUGCAGCUGCGGGGGGAAGACGGCAGCAUCUGGAACUACAAGCCCACAGCCGACAAUAGUGGGAAAGAGAUCUCUUCCCUGUUGUCCCACGUGACUGACACGUCAACCUAUGUGUUCAAAGGCAUCAUCAAGUCAUUCUCCUAUUUCAGGGACCUGCUCAUUGAGGACCAGAUCUCCCUGCUGAAGGCGGACGCCUUUGAGCUGUGCCAGCUGAGAUUCAACACGAUGUUCAAUGCAGAGACCAGGACCUGGGAGUGUGGUCAGCUGUCCUACUGCUUGGAAAACCCUACAGGUGGCUUCCAGCAGCUUCUGCUGGAGCCCGUAUUGAAAUUCCACUACAUGCGGAAGAAGCUGCAGCUGCAUAAGGAGGAGUAUGUGCUGAUGCAGGCCAUCUCCCUCUUCUCUCCAGACUGCCCGGGUGUGGGGCAGUGCUGCUUGCUGGACCAGCUGCAGGAGUGGUUCGCCAUUACCCUGAAGGCCUACAUCAAGUGCAAUCGGCCCCGGCCCGCCCACCGGUUCCUGUUCCUGAAGAUCAUGGCUAUGCUCACCGAGCUCCGCAGCAUCAACGUCCUGCACACCCAGCGGCUGCUGCGCACCCCGGACAUUCACCCCUUCGCUACCCCACUCAUGCAGAAGUUGUUCAGCAUCACAAAUGGCUGA